UGCAUUAUCCUUAAAACGGGCACUAACUAUCCAUAUCACUCCCGUAUCAUAUCACUCUCAUAGAUUAGACCAUAUACUGGGAGGUAGGAGUAGCAUUCGACAAUGGUAUCUAGAAUUGUCUUGACUAGUAAGGAAUAAGGACAUAUGCAUGCAUUCCUCGAUUCGUAUCUAGAAAUAAUCAGAAAAUUCUCCGUCUGGGUUGUUUUUGUAUGUAAAUGAGUAUGUGCUAAGGAAUUAACUUAUACAAAGUGUAAAUUAUUACACCUUCACAAACAUCGCAGUUUAUUUUCGUCCGCUUGGCUAUUUUGAGUAGUCAGUUUCAUGAGAGGUUACUCCCCGUUAAAGGGUCUUUUUGUAACGACUUUAUCGUCCACCUUAUCAUCAUCAUUCCUAAAAACUUAUUCCUGGAAAUCUCUUCAAGUGAAUUCAUAUUCAUACUUUAAACAUUCCACAUUCCGAGCCUGGAAGCAGCGGACUUUCUCUAAAAUGAGUGAAUUAGACAAAUCUGUUUUGGACGCUGCAAAAAAAUUGGCUGCGUAUCAGGCAGUCGAUGAUCACAUCGAGGAUGGAAUGGUUAUUGGAAUUGGCAGCGGAAGUACAGUGGUAUAUGCAGUUGAAAGAAUUGCGGAAAGAACACUUUCUGAGUCUAUGAAGUUAACAUGCAUUCCAACAUCAUUACAAGCAAAAGACUUGAUAAUAAAGCACAAGUUGCCAUUAUCAGAUUUGGAUGUCAAUUAUCAUAUUGAUGUUACUAUCGAUGGGUGCGACGAGUGUGAUAGCAAUCUCAACCUUAUCAAAGGUGGUGGUGGGUGUCUUCUCCAAGAAAAGAUUGUCGCUGCUGCUUCCAAGAAAUUGAUUAUAGUGGCCGAUUAUACAAAAGAUUCCACAUUUCUUGGUGAAAAUUGGCAAAAGGGGAUUCCUCUAGAAAUUUCUCAAAUCGGAUGGAAAGUUGUUUUGGAGAAACUCAACCGGGUUUCGAAACCUGAAGGAGGUCACUCUAUCUUACGCCAGGCAGUUAAAAAGAUGGGACCGAUUGUGACAGACAAUAGUAAUUUCCUUAUUGAUUUCCAAGUGGGAAACAUUUUCAAGGAUAAGAAAAGUCCUCGUGAAAUUGAAACUUGGUUGAAAACAAUUCCGGGGAUUCUGGAAACAGGACUAUUUGUGGACAUGGCAAAUCAAGCGUAUUUUGGUCAGCCAGAUGGUACCGUCAGGAAAACUGAAGAAAUUGAUCGUAAAUAAGUUACAAUACGUUACAAUAAGUAGUGAGGUUCUCGAAAUUGUUCAGAAUAUCAACUUAUCUAGUUUCAAGUAAAAGUUCUAUGAGCAUGUGUAGUGCAGCAUAUUUAUUAGCAUUUUUGUCAAAUAGUAACAAGAAUGUAAUUGUAUUUAUUAUGUUAUAAAAUAAAUAUGAUCAUUCAUUGCAAAAUUAA